ACGUUUCAAAAUGGAUUCUCAAAGUUGAAAAAUGAAAUGUGGUAGCAUAAUAGUCUAAAUAUCACAGUAACUAGUUAGUUGUUACGCAAACUGUUAAAUUCUAUGUAUAGAUAUAUAUUUGAUGAGUAGUGAGAGCUACUUUUAAAGGAUUUUGCCCGGAGCUUACUGAGUAACGUUCACUUCUUUUGGACUUUCAAUUUCAAGAUGAAAUUUUUCAGAGAUAUUUUAUUAAUUUUUUGUUUGGCCACAUUUCUUGGGUGUGGCGCCUCCAGUAGUGAAGAAGAAAACAAGAGUCAGAAUGUAGCUCAUAAAUCUAAAUCAGAUUCAGGGGCCAAAGGCUCUGCGGGGGCAGGUGGCACAGAUGCACAUGGUCACGAUCAUGAAAAGUUAGCCAAAGAACUCGGCCUAGCAGAACAGGGCAAAUCUAAGGGAAACCUAGGGUUUAUACACGCCUAUAUUGCCUCAUUAUCUGUCAUUAUAGUGUCAGAAUUAGGGGACAAGACAUUCUUUAUUGCGGCCAUUAUGGCAAUGAGACAUUCUCGAUGUACUGUGUUUACAGGUGCUUUAGCAGCACUGGGAUUAAUGACCGUACUUUCAGCUGUGCUAGGUUUUGCUACAACUAUUAUUCCACGAUUUGUCACCUAUUAUGUGUCCACGGGUCUGUUUGCCAUAUUUGGAUUAAGAAUGCUCAAGGAAGGGUACAACAUGUCCCCAGAUGAAGGUGCCGAAGAGUAUGAAGAGGUUCAAGCUGAGAUAAAAGCUAAGGAGGAUGAGAUGAUGAAAGAAGACCUUGUCACUGAAGAUAUAGAAACAGGCAUAAUUAAAGUGAAAAGACGGAAAAUAUUUGGUCUUGUUUCAAAAGUUUUCCUGGAAGCAUUCACUUUAACAUUUCUAGCCGAGUGGGGUGAUAGAUCUCAAAUAGCAACCAUAAUCUUAGGUGCAAGAGAGGAUGGAUUUAGGGACGUGAUGGGAGUCAUAAUAGGUGGCACCAUGGGUCAUGCGUUAUGUACGGGUCUAGCCGUCAUGGGCGGUAAACUAAUAGCUCAAAGAAUAUCUGUAAGAACAGUUACUAUAGCAGGAGGAGUAGUGUUCUUACUAUUUGCAAUAACAUCGUUAUUUAUCGACCCAGAUGCAAUGUAACAAUCUUGAAACUAUGAGACACUAUUAGGAAAUUAUAUUUAUAAAAAACAAAAGUGCGCUGAUAUUACAUUCAUUGGUGUAGCUAACUAUGAUGCAGACGAGGCAAAACUUCGCCAAGAUAUAAUUUUUUGGGCUGAAACUGUGAAAACUAUAAAUUUAAUGUAAACUUGCAUAAUAUUUUAAAUAUCCAUAUUCAAGUUUUCUCUCACUGAGUAUAUUUGGCCUCACCUAUUUUUGGAUCCGUGCUACACAACUGACAUUUCAGUACUCUGAACAAUGUGAAAGAAGAGACAAAUGAUCAUUACUCUUGGUUUUUAUGUCACCACCAGAAGUG